GACUAGUUAAUGGUCCAAGUUGGACCGAAACGUCGUCGCUUUGUCUCCUAUAGUCGUUAUUUGUGCACUAGUUGAUUAGGCUCGGAUCUACCAUGAGGCCUGGUCACAGACCGGGGCCACGGGGGCGUUGACCCCCGAACAUUCUCCAGUACUUGGUGGCAGACGUGGCUCCAUGUGGUAGCUGAACAGUAAGCAUUUAACAGUAAGGCAUCAAGCUAAAGGACCCACGAAGUACUGCAUUUGUUCUUACCUCAUUAAAUUAUACACUCAUGCAAGAGUGCGUAGAGUUGAUACAAGACUUGGCAAAGCUGUCUUCAACCAGAGGGACCAUAAGCCAUGUCUACAGUCACAGGCCUGGAUGGGGUGCUAGGUUAUCUGGGCAUCCCACAUCCUUGUGUCACAGUCCACCUGCUUCUUACACUAGGGAUGUUAAUAUUGGGUUUGGGGUCACUGGAGAUAUCAACUCUGCUCCCUAUACCUCUAUAUAGCUGCUGGGGCAACCUCACUCCAAGUAAUCUUUAUGGAAUGUGCAAAAAUGUGGAGCUUCUGCCAGAAACUCGUGUUGAUGAUAACCGCAUGAUACUGGAGUGUACGCACGAGAAGUGGCAGCCAUACUCCUUCCCUGGCAAUGUACUGGUUGGGAUGAGAGUGAUGAUAAUGCUGGUAGCAGGAUUAUGUAUGGAUGUAUUUGGGCGGCGGAGGUCAGCCGUAGUUUGGAUGGGACUUUAUUUUGUUGUGUCCUUUGCUCGAACCUUCUCGCCAAAUGCUGAAUCUGUGGUUUUCUGUGUCACCUUGGAAGGUGCUUCUGCCCAGGCUACAACAAUUGCCCUGCUUAUGCUAGCAACAGAGGGCAGUACGCAGCCAGAAUGUGUGAGGUCAGUGUGCCUGAUGAUGUUGGGGCAUGCUAUUGGAGUUGGAGCUGGGACCCCACUGAUUAGAACAUUCAUUCCUUCUCCAAUAUAUUCUCAGAUGGCACGGAGCUUGCCCUCCUUGGUGUUCGUAGUAUUUAUCAUAAUGCUGCCAGAAAGUGCACGGUGGUCUGUGUGUCGAGGUCGCAUACAUGAAGCCACUGUAAUUCUCAAGAAGUCUCAUCACAUGUCUUUUGACCCUACUAUGAAGCACAAGCUAACAGCUCUUCAUGAAGAGCACAAACAAUCGCUAGCCCACUAUAAUUGCUCUGGGCAUGUAAUGCGUGAGAGUUUGCAGCCUUUGUUUAAAUGUGGACGGCUCUUCCUUGUGUUUAUUGUGUUUCUUCUCUGCGGUUUGGCAUUGGGGUGUGCUGCUAGCGCCCGCCAACUUUUUGAUCCUACACCCUACAACAGUUUUGAAGAUCGACAAGUGGCAUUUGGAGCAAUUGAGUUCAUAUCGUUGUUGCUGUUAGGAUUGGCAGUUACACGCCUUCACGUUAAGUGGGUUUUAGUGUCGCUUAUGUCGGCUCUUUCUGUAGCUCUGCUUCUCACUCCGGUACUUAAACGAGCCUUGGUUGUAACUUGUGGAGGUUAUGUCUUCUUCUCCUGCCUUGGCCAUGCCUGUGUGGUCUUUGCCAGUGUAUGGAUGAGUGUUGGAGUUAUACGUCUGACACCGACACACUCUAGAGGAUUCGUUCUUGGCACAACAUUUUCCAUGGCUACACUUGGUCAUGCACUUGUGUAUCUGGAUAUUAUGUCAGUGUUUGCUUCAUACGGUAUGUACCUAGAUGCAUAUGCAGAGCUCGGUAUAUGGGCUAUUGUAACAUUUGUGGCUGGCUUGCUGACUCUUCUACUACCAAGGACACCCUCAAGCUUACCUGAUACCCUUUCACAUAUCAUGCAAAAGCCACCUCAACAGGAGAAAUUUGUAGCUGAAGAUGACUAUCAAAACACCCACCUGUAAACAUCACAAAAGGAAUUUCAAGGUAAUAAACUGUGGAAGAUUAACAGAAGCCUGUGUCGAAUCUCCAGGCAGGAGGGGACAGUAGAGUAAAUCUUCCCAUCCCCUAUCCCUCUCCACCUAGCAGCAAAUGGAUAGCUGGGAAUAAGUUGAUUAUUGAGAGUCAAAUCCUAGGAGAAAAUUAAAGGAUCCAAAUGAAAAUCAGCAACACUGCUUAUCGUAAGUUUUCGUGAGCUGAUGACUGCAUACAUAUACAGUUAAUCCUAAAAAAAGUCAUUGUCUUGUCCCCUUCAUUAUUGUUAACAGAGCAUUGAUAAAAAUGUAACAUGACACUUGCAAUGUAGUAUAAUCUUCAUGAAAAAAAUAAGUUAUGUCUGAAGGUCACAAGACAAAAUAUACAAACACUUGCAUUUAUGAAAUAUAGUAAUAUAAAAAAUUCAUCUGAAAUAUAGUUAAGUAUAUUUUGUGACAACAGCAUGUAUGGGUUAGCAAUACAGUAGAACCCCCUGUAUCCACGGAUUCAGUUUCUGUGAUUUUUAGCUAUCCACAGUUUACCAUGGCUCGAAAUAACCCUUAAUUUUGCUUAAUAAUGACCUCAGAGCACAAAAGUACUUCAGAGCCUAAGAGAAGCUGUGAAGUGCUUUCCAUCAGUGAAAAAGUGCAAAUUCUCAACUCAUUGUGCCUAAUUUAUCAGUUAAAUCUUGUCAUAGGUAUGUAUGUAAAGGAAAAAUGAUUUAUAUAUAGGAUUCGCUACUAUCAAUGGUGUCAGGUAUCCACAGAUGCCAGGGGACUACUGUAUUUAAAUUUUAAGGGAAACCUUAUUAUAUAACUUGUUUGAACAUGUACUUGUAUGUAAAUGAAAAAUGGUAUGGUGAUGCCAACAAGAUAUGGAAAAAGACACUUAUUUACAGUUCAGAACAUUUAUUAGUGGAAACAUUUCACCACUUGUGGCAAAACGUUUCCUGAACUGUACAUAAGUGUCUUUUUCCACACACAUGUAUAUAAAUGCAUUUAACUGCAGUUAUAGAUAAUGCAUUUGAAGCUGCCGUACUUAAAAUUAAUUUUAUGAUUUCUUAUUGGCAGGUGGAAUGUAUAUAACAGAGUAUAGUGCAGUAUAAAAAUUAAAUUUGUUAAUAUGGUAGGUAAAUUUGGUAUAUAUUAGGUGUACAGUACUAUGUAUUUUUGUAUAAGAGUUAAAGAAUAUAUUUUUCUGGAGUGGGUGGAGUGAAAAAAGGUUAACAUUAAGCUUUCAGAACACAGCCCUGUCAAGUCCUGUAGCUAGGUUGUCAGCUCACAUACUGAGUGCCUGUUUUUCGAUCCCGGCACGGAUGGAAACGUUUGGUAACUUUCCAUAUACCUGCUCUCCUGUUCACCUAGCAGUAAGUAGGUACCUGGGUAGUAAGUCAGCUGUUGUGGGUCACAUCCUGGGGGGUGGUAGUAUACCAUAGAUAGGACUGAGCUUUAAAAUGAGCUAUGGUGGGAUAAUGGCUCUUGGCUUGAAAAAAUUGUGUAUAUAUAAAAAAAAAAAAAAAAAAAAAAGUCUCCUGCAUUUAGCAGGAGUAUAGUGCAUUAGUAGAGAACCUCCUACAUAAGUUUUAAUUCCAUCAGUUGCCAAAAUAAUUCAACUUUUGUUUCAUUAAAAAAAGAAGGGGAGGAAGGGGAUGGGGGCAUACAAGGGGUAUAAAUGUGAGCAAAGAGUGCAGGAUAUUAACUGCCUAUGAAAAAGAUAAAAAAAAUUAGACCCUAUCAGCUGGUAGAAUAUAAGGCCAUAACUUUAUGCUGAGAGGUAAUGAGCUAUGAGAAGUGUACAGGUCAGCCAUCACUAAUCCGGCAUCACUGGGGCCUGUAGUGUGCCGGAUUAGUGAGUUUGCUGGAUUACAGAGUGAUUAGGUUCUAUAGAAUACACUUAAUUAACCUAUCAAUAAAGACUUUCUGCUA